UUGUACCAUGCGUUAUAGUUCACGUAGAGAGUAUAUAUAAAUAGGACCUUUCGCCAGACCUCAAGCCGUUAAAGGUCGUCGUCUGGAAAACGACGGAAUUCUUUCAACUAUCGGCAUGGGGUUGUUGCAAAAAAUCGCGCUGGUCUUGUGUGUAUCGGCUAUUACAUAUGCUGACCCGCUCGGAAAUUUCUUGCCUCCAGAGCUCGCUGACUGUGUAAACAGACUUACACCUUUAGCGAACGGCACGGGUCCUGUGGCCUCAGUAUCCGCUCUGAAUAUCAAAUAUCGAAAACAUGAUGGCGUAGAGAUAGCAAUCGACGCUGGCACCGAAGUUCCCCAACUUGAAACACCAGAAGACGUACAUCUGUAUUGUAUCCAGCAGUUCGUAUGGAAAGCGGACAUGGUACAGUGGAAGGACUACAACAUCACGAAGAAGGACAAAGACUUUAUCAAUGGCCUACUUGAAUCCAUGAUGAAACCAACAGGGACAAAACAGUCAAGAAGCAAGCGCCAGGCCGGUGGUCCAGGUGGUAUGUUUUCGCCGACAGGUUUCCGCGUCCGACGAGAAAUUAGGCGGAUAUCCGACGGAAGAAGAAAUGCAUAUUUCGGAGUAGUGCGCAUGUUGAAAAUGAAAAACACGUUCGCCAGACUUCAUCGGGGCAUUGUACUUAACUCCGCCCACCAGGGUCCAAACUUUUUGGGAUGGCACAGAGUCUACCUAGCCAUGUUCGAGGAAGCAAUAAGACGAAUUGACAGACGACUUUCACUGCCGUACUGGGAUUCAACGCUUGACUUCGACAUGGUCAAUCCGGUAAACACAAUUUUGUUCUCACCGGCGUUCUUUGGAAACGGUGACGGAAUGGUAAUCACGGGACCCUUUGCCAACUGGCAAACACCUAUUGGUCCCUUGACUAGAAAUAUAGGUGGCACAAGUCGACUGAUGUCAAAACAGGUAAUCGCAGCGAUCAUGACCCGAUGUAGGACAAUAGAAAUUAACCGAUUUACUGCUUUACCUCAGUUCGACCUUGAAUUAGCCCACGGUGGUCCUCACUCGUGGGUAGGUGGACAAUUUAGUGGUCUGGCGACAGCAGCCUUCGAUCCAAUAUUUUUUCUCCACCACGCAUUUAUAGACUAUAUCUGGGAAAUGUUCCGUAUUCACCAAGUCAGAGACUGUGGCAUUAACCCGGAAUUUGACUAUCCAGACCUAUCUCCUCUACAUGCAGCACUAAGGCCAAUGGACGGAUUUCCAGGUUACAUGAAUAUUGACGGUUAUCGAGGCUACUGGACGCGAUUCUGGUAUAGAUACGAACGUUCUCCCAUGUGCCCAUGCGGUUCUCCAUAUUUAACAUGCCAUCCGACCCGUGGCGUGUGCGUGUCACGUGAACGUAUGCUUGCUCCCGACGAAGGAGCUCCGGGUGCUUUUGGUGCAAUGGCCUACUCUGCUGCUGGAACGGCAGCAUCCCCACGAGCAGCUCGAGCAAGAGCUCAGGUCGCAACCCUCGACGUCGGUCCAGUAUUCGAUGCGCCUCCCCCUGAACCAAGGACGCAGGCGGCUCAGACAAGCAUGGCCGCAAUGGGAGCUUUUAGACGAAAGAAGAGGGCCGUACCGCAACAAAAUGUAGCGCCUUUCCAAUCUGUAGGUGAUUAUACAAAUCAGCAAAAUAUUAUGCAACCACUUGCAAUAGGAGAACAAUUUCUUGCCCGAGAAUCCGAUGGUCGAACAUCAGACGCUAUGGGAAUUGCCAGCGGUUUGUCUACAGGGCAAAGCGUCGAUAAGGUUAUGCAAGAUGUUUACUCAGGACAUGCAUUUCCAGUCGCAGAACCGAUGUCACUGCUCCCCGUUCCAGUGUGGGACACACAAGAUUCAUAUCUAGAAACUCCUAGCUCUUACAUUUCCAACUCAUCGGCUUCUGACUGGCUUUUUGUUCCUGUUCAAGUGACAUACAACGCUAUUGGUGCCGACAACUCUGCCAAGACGCCGAGUAUGAAGUGUCUGCCAUCGGAUGCAACGUCGACUCAUAUUAAAGUGUCCGCACAAGGCCUAAAUUAUCUGGGAGAAAACACAGACUACGCGGUGGUGGAAAACAGCAAAACUCUUCCUUCCGCCCACGCCAUUGUCGCCAUACGGGCUCCAGUGGUCGGACCGUCUAUAUCCAUGGUAACUGCAAGUCACGGAUGCGGGCUUAUGUGCAAACCAAUGUGCAUAAACACCGAGACCGGCACGUUGCAGUACAAACCAUGUACGGGAAUACUGUGGAUCAAACCAGAAGAUGCAACAGCAUACGUCCGAUCCCACGACGAGGCUGCGGAAAGCCUUGCAAAAGGUGGGGCAAAUUUCCCAAUAAUGUUCCAGUGUCACAAGGACAGCCAGUCUCCUUUGAAUAAGCUAUAAACCACUACAAUGUUGUUCUUUGUAUAUUCAGAGUUCAACAUGAAAAUAAUAAAUAAAAAACGUCCGUUAUUCUCCCUCCUGUUUUAAACCUGUAAAAUAAGAACAUUACAAUACAUAUUAUUUAAUGAAAUCGCUUCCUUUGAAUUGUUUGGGCUUGGUGUAUGU